GUCCUUAUUUUUUAAGUACUUAUUUUGGAAUGUGAAACGGGGCCUAAGUAAUAUUAGAAACUUCAGUUUAUGCACAGUUUUGUAUCACAAAAAAUUUUCAAUAUGUUUUUGUCACCGCUGAACACAAAUCAUAUAGCCGCCCCUAGUUUUGGAGUAGUAUUGAUCGACCACCUUGUAUUUGUGCUCCCGGGCUACUGGUUUAUUUCACGUUGGCAAGCAAAGGGACAUUCGAAUAGGCUUUAUUCAGACUUCUCAUCCUUAUAAAUAGCUCCCAUUUGCAUGAAUGGAAACCCACACAAUCAAGUAUCGCAUCCUCUCUCACCUUGCAAAAAGGAUAUCCUCCCCCUGCCUUUUCAACCUUUCCAGCCCAAAACAAUGUUCACCAAAUUUGCACAAGCCACAAAAAUGCAGCAACAGAAUAAUAUCGACAUCGUAAGUUUCGGAACAAUAUCACAAGCCACAAAAAUGCAGCAACAAAGUAAUAUUGACAUCGGAAGAUUCGGAACAAUAUGGUUCGACUCAGCGUUUGAUGACAGUGCUUUGAUGAAGCUAAUCCUAUCGACCCAUUCCCCCCAUGGCCAUGAGGUUGAUGUCAAACCUAUUCUCCAUGUCAUCAAGGAUGUCCUGCAGCAAGCAAAUCUAAGCAUGAACAGUGUCAUUACUAGCGGUGCGCGCGACCAAGCCGAUGCCUUAGUGGAGAAGACCGCUGUGGCCGGAUUUGACGGCAUGCUGAAAGAAGAUGCCACCAUUAUAAACAAAAUUUCAUGCGAGUUAACGUGCAAGUGCUCUGGUGGAGAUGAUGCUCACUCAACCGCAAUGACCAUAUUAAACAAUCUCUCAACCUACUCCUGGGAUGCAAAAGUGGUGAUCUCCCUAGCAGCCUUUGCUGCUAACUAUGGUGAAUUCUGGCUCAUGGCUCAGCUCAGCACCACCAAUCCCCUCGCCAAGUCGGUCUCCGUCCUCAAGCAAUUGUCGAGCAUCAGAGCACAUGCUAGCUCACUGAAAUCGCGUGUCGACCCCAUUAACAACCUUCUCCACAACGCCAUCUUGACAGUGAUUGACUGUAUUUUUCAGUUCCAUGAGCUUCCCCCUCAGUACAUAUCGCAUGAGAGACCGCCGGCGCCUUUGGCUACUGCCAUGGCUCAUUUUCCUGCUGCUGCUUACUGGACCAUCCUAGGCAUAGUUGUUUGUUCCACUCAGACUACCAGCCUUUUAGGCAUGAGUAACGAGCAAAUAAAACCUACUGAAGCAUUGGAAUUAUCGAGCCUGGCUGAAAAGCUCUCCAACAUACAGGCUUACCUUAAUUCACUACUACAACAUUGCCAAGCGCACAUAGGUGAGCAGUGGCGACUUUAG